AUGACGCCGGCUUUGUCACGUGACCGCCGACGGGAGUCCCCGCCCCCUCGGUCAUGCUUGUGCCGGAGCUCCGCUGUGCUCCGGCAGCCCGGCGCGUCCGUUGCACUGACAGGCAGCUUUCUCUCACGGUCCGAGCUCCGUCACAUCGCCUUCGACAUGAAGCGCCCUUUGCUGGCGGCUUUCUCGGCGGCCGCUGCUUGCUUGCUGGGUUUCGUGGCGAGUCAGACCACCGUCAGUCCAGCUGUGACAAACACCACAGCCGGUGAGAAUGCGACGGUGACCCUUCUGCCCAGCGCCGUGCCCUUGGACUGCUCCACCGUCAACACGUCCGCCUGCGCCGCCUGCGCCUCUGGCUCCUACGCCGAUAACGACACGCUGCAGUGUUCCUGCUGCUCGGACCCAGGGCUCUGCGUGACUCAGGGGGCGUGUCUGCUGUGUGCCAAAGGCCAGUUCCAGCCCCUCGCUGGACAGACCCGCUGUGUGCCCUGUGCAAGGGGCUCUUUCAGCAACGUCACGGGCAGCCUCGUGUGCCAGGUCUGCCCUCCCGGUUCCUACAGCAACCAGAGCGGCUCCGAUUCCUGCACCAGCUGCUCCCCAGGUUUCUACGCCUCGCAGAGGAACGCCUCGUCAUGUGAUCCCUGUUCACUGGGAACAUUCUGCAAUUCCUCCAGAUGUGCCCAGUGCCCGGUGUGCCCCCCCGGAAUGGAGUCCCUGCACAUCGCCGCCAAGGAAUGCACACUCUGUCGCCCAGGUAUGCAUAAGGGGCCGGACCAGGGCUUGUGUCAGAUCUGCAAAAGUGGCUACUUCCAGAUCCGCUGGGGACAGGAGAUCUGUGAAAUCUGCCCCGAGAACAACUACUGCCCUAGCCCGGACCUGAACCCGAUCCAGUGCCCCAGUGACGCCUUCUGCCCUCAGGGCAGCACAGCCCCUGGCUACUGCAUGGAGACCUUCUUUCGGAAAUCAGGGGACACGUGCCAGCUAGCGCCAGUCACCAUUGCCCUUCUGGUCGUAGCAGGGGGCAUGGUCCUCCUCUGCGCCAUCCUGCUGGGGAUACGGAGGAGACGGCGCGCCGACGGGGAGCUGAGCGUGUCGCGGGCCCCGCUGCUGCGUAAGGAGCGCUCCUCCAGUCGCUUCUACGGUGCCGAGCCGGUGUAUGCCGGCUGGUGAUGCCCCGCCCCCUCUUGCUGGAUGUAGAGGGGGCGGCCCCUCACCGAGACCGCUUGGGGCAGGGGAACCCAGACUGUUUCUGCUCAGUCUCCUGUGGCAUCAGGUGUAGUGAGAGGUGAGCAUCAGCAGGCCUACAGGACCAGUUGGAGGAACAGCUCAGUGCUGCCCCCUGUGGGUGCUGGCUUGUUCCUGCUCUCCACUUGUAUUACUCUAUGCAUUCUUGGCCACCUGAUAUGGACCUUUCUGUUGUAUAUGUAAUCUUAUUCAACAUUUUAAUGUAAAUUGACUUUACUUCGUUGUGUUUGUUGAGGUGUUGUGCAGUUUUUGGUACAAGUGGCCCAGUCAGGGGAAUUUUGUUUACUUAAGGAAGCUGUAAAGUUAUAAAGUUUUAUGUUGUACAUGUUGCACUGAUUGUCAAGGUAAACCUUGCUAUUGAUGGUACACAAAUAUGGAAGAACAGUUACUUUGGAUGAGCUUGGACAGUUGGGUCUGAAUUUUAGUCCUGUCCUUUUCUCUGUGCCAUAACCCAAUUUCACUUGCCACAUUUGUGGUCAGGUCUUUUAUAAGUUGUGAAGAUGUUGUUUAUUAAGCUAAAUUUGAGUACAAAUCCAGCCAUCCUGUUUGGUGAAAGUUUUCUUGCAGUAUUUUUGUGUGAAUGUUCAUCACAUGUAUAAAUCAAAGCACCAUGCUUUUGUAAAAGCAAUGACUUUGGUACAAGAUUGUCAGAUGUUUCUUAGUACAAAAAAAAUGUGAGCUGUAAGUAAAUUAAAAAUCACGAAUUAAAAUAA